AUGGCUAUGAUGGGAGUACAGGUUCUUGAAGCAGGAGUAGCUAUUUUUUCUGCAGCAGCAUUUUCACGAGGAUUAAGUCCUGAAAUCCUUUCAGUCUACAGGCAGGCCACUGCAGCCUUGGUCAUAGCACCAAUGGCUUAUUUCUCUAGAAGGAGAGCGUCCAGUACAAUUUCUCUGGGACUAAAAGAAUUUGUAUUGUUAUAUAUAGCUGCUUUGCUUGGCCCAACAAUCAACCCAAUUGCCUUGUUUGAAGGCAUCUCCUUAUCUUCUUCAACAAUGUCAAGCACAAUGUCUAAUUUAGUACCUGGACUCACUUUUGUGUUUACAGCAGCUAUAGGUUUGGAGAAAGUUAAUAUCCGCAGCUUGAGAAGUAACGCGAAGAUAAUAGGGACAGUUAUCAGUGUUAGUGGAGCCAUGUCCAUGGCAUUGCUCAAAGGGCCAAAACUACUUAACGAAGGAAUCGUAGCAACAAAAUCUUCCAGUGGCUCUAGUGGUGAGACUUGGCUGCUGGGUUCACUCAUCCUUUUAGGAAACAGUAGUUGCUGGGCAAUUUGGACCAUAAUGCAGGUCCCAAUAUCAGCAAGAUGUCCUGAUCCCUUACUCUCUACUGCUUGGAUGUGUUUCUUUGGAUCCAUACAAACAACAGCAGUUACCAUCUUCUUAAAGACAGAUCCACAAGCAUGGAAACCACAUUCAAAUCUUGAAACCUACGAUGCUACGAUGACCAAGGGGAUUGCUUCUGCAAGCAUCAUUGUUCUUCAAGCCAGGUGCAUUGCACGAAGGGGUCCGCUCUUCUCAGCAAUGUUCAGCCCCCUGUGUUCUGUUAUUGUGACCACCUUAGCUGCUAUCUUUCAAAAAGAAAUGGUUUACACGGCAAGCCGAACCUUAUCUCCUGAUCCAAGCCUGUCACGUUCUGAUAACUCGCCUGCCCUCAGAUCUCUUUCUAUUUGUACGUACGUUGUUGCCAUUGGGAAUCUAGUCCCCAAGCUAAACUAA